GCCCCGUUCGCCUCCGCCUUCUGCUCUCGCCGCCGCUCCCCCCCCCCCUCCUCACUACCACGGGGAGCGAGCGGGAGGAGGAGGAGGAGGAGGAGGAAACAGGGAGAGAGAGGCAGCUCCGGCGGCCCCUGGCGUUCCCCUCGGCGAGGGGAAAGAUGGCGACGCUGGGAAGCGAGCCGCAGCCCUUCCCCGCCGCUGCCCUGGCGGUGGCAGCGGGCGGGGUGGGCGGCGGCGGCUGUGGCGGCGGCGGUGCGUUGGGUCUGCAGCCUCUGAACCGCGGUCUGGAGCGGGCAUUGGAGGAAGCGGCUCACUCCGGGGGGCUCAACCUGAGCGGCAGGAAACUGAAGGAGUUCCCGCGCAGCGCCUCCGCCCUCACUCACGACCUCUCCGACACGGUGCGGGCAGAUCUAUCAAAGAACAGAUUAACAGAGAUUCCUACGGAGUUGUGCCAUUUUGUGUCACUGGAAACACUAAAUCUAUACCACAACUGUAUUAAAAUUAUUCCAGAUGCCAUAGUGAAUUUACGAAUGCUAACUUACUUAAAUUUGAGUCGAAAUCAACUUUCUUCUUUGCCAGCUUGCCUGUGUGGUCUUCCUCUGAAAGUCUUAAUUGCAAGCAACAAUAAGCUAGGUUCCCUUCCAGAAGAGAUAGGUCAGCUAAAGCAGUUAAUGGAACUGGAUGUCAGCUGCAAUGAAAUCACAACUUUGCCACAACAGAUAGGCCUGCUGAAAUCUUUAAAAGAACUGAAUGUCAGAAGAAAUUACCUCGAAGUUUUACCCCAAGAACUAGUACAGCUUCCCUUGGUGAAGUUUGACUUUUCCUGCAAUAAGGUGCUUGUGAUUCCCAUUUGUUUUAGAAAGAUGGCACAGUUACAAGUACUGCUGCUUGAGAACAAUCCUUUGCAAUCUCCACCAGCACAAAUUUGUACAAAGGGGAAGGUGCAUAUAUUCAAAUAUCUGACAGUACAGGCCUGUCAGAUUAAAACAGCAGACUCACUGUAUCUUAAUGCCAUAGAACAGCCACAUUUGCCACAACCUGUGGAAGAAAGUUGUUUUCUGUUCACAUCUAGCAUUGAUGACCUCUACCCAAGUAAAAAGGACUCGGAUUCAGGUGUUGGUAGUGACAACGGUGAUAAGCGUUUGUCAGCAACAGAGCCGUCUGAUGAAGAUACUAUCAGCUUUAAUGUUCCAAUGUCAGACAUCGUGGAAGAAGAUCACGUUGUAAAGGAAGAUUCAGGUCACCAUGCUAACUCAAGAAAAGUGGAAUUCCAUCAGGGAUCUUCUCACUUGAUUGUCAAUGAUAAAUCAAGAGAGACAGGAAUCCGGCUUGAUGAAUCAGAUGCUCUUACUACAGAAUUUAUGAGCUACAUUAAGAGCAGAGCAGCAGAGUGUGAUGAAUUACUGAGAAUUGAAGAGGACGCACAAUGGCAAACAGAAGAAAUAAUAAAUAUGUCAGAAGAACAAACUAUUGAUAUAGCAAUGAUAGAACAACUAAGAGAAGCAGUAGAUUUGUUACAAGAUCCCAACAGAUUAAGCAUGGAUAUUUCAGAAAGCAGUGAUGUGAAUCUGUAUCCCAUGGAACCAGCAACAGCUUUAGAAUUUCAGGAAUCUACAGUAAACAGUCAAAUGCAGAUGGAGAUGUCCUCCCUUGGCCAGAAGGAAAAUGCUGAAGAGGAACUAGAAUUUCAUAGGAGGAGGGAAUUAAUUAUGGAGAAAGCCAAGAAUGAAAUGAAAACAUGUGAACAGGGUGAAAAAUGGUCAUUGAAUCAGCAUGAUGUAAUUGUUUGGAAUACAAGUGGCCAACCCUCUCACAAUGAGAACAAAGAUAAAAGUCCAACGCUGUCUCCUACUACAAACAACACAAUCCCUUUUGGCCUGAAGCCACGAUCAGCAGACCCAUCCCUCAGUCUUCCUCCUGUCUCCUUCAACACACUUACACAGGCACAAACAUGGGACAGCUUUAGCUACAGUAUACCAUCUGAAGGAGACAGUGACAAUGUGUUCUUAAGACCACAAAGAAAUUUGGAAUCAAUAGACCCACAGUUUACAAUUCGGAGGAAAAUGGAGCAGAUGAGAGAAGAGAGAGAGCUUGUUGAACAGCUGCGUGAGAACAUUGAAACAAGGCUAAAGAUAUGUUUGCCUGAGGACUUGGGGUCUGCUCUCAUGGAUGGUGUAGUUCUGUGCCAUUUAGUAAAUCACAUUCGACCUCGGUCAGUAGGAAGUAUUCAUGUACCUUCACCAGCAGUACCUAAACUUAGCAUGGCCAAAUGCAGGAGAAAUGUUGAAAAUUUCCUGGAUGCAUGUAGAAAGCUGGGGAUACCAGAGGAGAAGCUCUGCCUACCACAUCACAUCCUAGAAGAAAAGGGCUUGGUAAAAGUGAGCAUAACAGUUCAAGCAUUGCUAGAUGUAACCACAGUGAAACAAGCUUUAUUCACGUGAAACUACUCUCUCUGCUGUUACCAGCUCCACUGUGCCAUCAAAGAAUCAAAUCACUGCCCGUCUUUACAGACUGCAUUGAAAAAAAACAGUGCUCCAAGAGUAUUCUGAUACUUCUGAUUUUAAAAUCAUCUUUGAGACCGUACACGUGCAUCCAACUACAAACCAGAGACUAAAAGAAAACAUUUUAUAGAGCACAUUGGGGCCUCACUGCUUUUCUAGCUCGCUUUGUACAGUACUUACUGAAACAGCCACCUCUGCCACGUAAAAAUGUGUGGAGUACACAGCUGUCUUGCAGCAAGAUACCUUCGUAUUAUUAAACUAAGAAUCCUCAUAAUCAUUUUUGGAGGGAGGGAGAGUAAGUCAGACUUGUGCCACAUCAGGUUUUUCUGCAGUUGCUUCGGGCUAUUGCCUUUUAAAAAUAUCCAGACACAAAAAUAUUUAUAUAAAUGUUAUUUAUUAGUGAGUUGUUAUUCAUCCUUUGGAUGCAAAAUGUAAAUUAGGAAACUGUAUUUUAUUACUGCUUUUUUUGUGGUUAAACACUUUAUUUUAAUAUAAAUGUUUAGUUAUUUUUUAUUCUACUAGGGGUGCGGUAGCUCUAGAUCUCCAUACAUUGUAUUUUCUAACUCCUAAGAGCAAAAGCAAACCAAGUAGGUGCUUCAGUUCGAAGAACAGCUCGCUGGAAUGGCAUUCUUUAAUUUUCAAUGUGUGGAACAUCGAUGAAAGUUUGUCUGCAUUCCGUUUCUUUCCUACAUUCCAGCAGCACUUUUCCCCCCAACCCACACACACACACACACACACACACACUUGAUUCAAUUGGCUGAAGCAGAGCACACCCAUGACUUGUAUAUAGAUGUUUAAAAUAGGAAAGACGUAAACUUGAAAAAAUAAAUGUGAAUAUUUUUGAUUGCUUAUUUUACUAUGCACAAGACAUUUAACUUUUGCCACAACAAAAUGAAUGAUGUGCAUUAGGAUCGUGUGUCUUGAAAUAGGAUUUUUGCACUGUAACUUGAUUUUCUUUUAAAGACUACGGCACUACGGAACGAAUAGAGCAGAGCACAAGAACGCUAACAGGUAGCCAAAAUGUUUUUCCUCAUUAAUUCCUUCAAGAGGUGAUAAAAUCGUUAAUACUGCCGAGGGCAGUCUUACAUCUGACCUUCCAGCUGCUGGCUGCAGUGCUUCUCCCCGUUCACUGAAGUCAUUGGGUUCCCCCUGAAUCGAGCACAGCGUUCUGUAGUGGGACUGGAGGUCCGAUCCUACAAGCAUUCAUGUCAGCAAUAGGAUAGAAGCUUCUCUUUCUUAUUACUACUUUACGUCUUUUGAAAAGACUUUUCAGGAGCAUCAUUUAUUAUGAAAACAUCAUCUUUAGAUCCACGAGUCCCAGCGCAGCCAUUAUCACAGUGUCUGGAACUUCCACUUUCUGUAGCUUGGAUGGAGGCUGCAGGUGUGAGUUGGGUGGGCAGGGUGGGAGAGCUGCGUGUGGGGGAAGUUGAGCUGAGCCGCCAGCUCCGUGCUGCACGGGGGCUGUGGUUGGAAAUAGGCACCAUGAUGGGAAUGAGGCGAUGCGGUGGGAGAACAAACAGGAAGAAAGCUGUGGAGAAAACUGUUGUGCAAGGACUUUCUGAAGGCACGACGCAUACUUGUCGCUGCUGCACAUCUAGGCUGAGUUACCUGCGUGUUUGCACAGGUGCUGCAGUUCAAAACAGCUGUGCUCCAAUCGCAGACUUUCAGUCUAUUGCGCAGUAUUUGAAUGCAGGCUGUGCCCUGUAACGCCACGGACUGCCAACGUCUGUACUGAGAGCAGCUUGUCAGAGUGGGCCUGCAGACACACAGUAUGCCCAGGAUAGCAGUUACUUCAACCAAAGCAGAAGCAUUUAUUUUAUAGAGGGAACGGCGACUUAAAAUGGCAAUUUGGAUUGGCAGCUAUAGCAUGUUGUUUCCUAUCAAAUGUACUGUGCACUUUACCGCUAAAUUAAAAUGUAUUUUAAUAUUUUACAGAGCUGCACAAAUAUCUGUUUUGUCAAAAAGCACGAGCAAUGUAAAGAGAAAUACGUUUUCGAGGUAGAGUUUAUCACAUUUUAAAAAGCAUUCAAAGAUUGAUUAUAAAAUAGGAAUAUUGAUUUCUGCAUCUCGAGGGAUAAAAUGCAGGUUUCCUGAGUAUUUUUUUACAAUGUAUAUAUGGCACCAUGAAGCUUUGUAAUUAUUAUUUUGACAAAUCUUGGUUUUUCAUAAUUAAAAUUUUGUUUUUCCUCCUGACAGUGUCUUUCAGUAUUUGCUCAAAGUUGGCUGUAAAUAGCUCUACGUAUUUUGUCAUACGGCUUUUCUAUGCAGUCUUAACCUGUAUGGCUAAAAAGAGGAUCUUCAUGAGUCUUUGUACACUAUUUGUACGUGCAAUAAAACAUGCAUGGUGGAUCUAUCAUA